AUGGAAAACGUGAUCAAAGUGACGAGGGCUUGCGUGGUAUCCCUGGACUCCAUGUUCCCAGGAAGCUAUCCGGGGAGGUAUUGCGUCUCUCCAACGCCAAAAGGCAUGUACAACAACAACAAGACCUAUAAUCGUCAAUACCUCUGUGACUUAAUCAUCAAGGGCAGGGCGAAGCCAAGCUUUAUGGUAUUCCAUGAAGUUAGUAUGGACAAGGUCGAGGUUGCCUACCACAACUUCGACAAGCGUAUCAAUGGAUGGAUAUACCAAGGUUCCAAUUCAUCCCAAUGGUGGAUUUUGAAAAGGAAUUACAUACCGGAUUGUCGAUAUGCCUUGUAUUAUUGA